GCGCUUCUGGCCUUCAGUGCACUAGGCCAUUCAAUGCCAGUGUCCCUCCGAGCGGACGGUGUGGAGCUCACCCUAGAACCACAGCUCACUGGUGGAUUCCACUUGGUACUAACAGAAGAUAAUACUGCCGAAAGGACCGUAUAUGGCCACAUCGGAAAGACGUUAUAUUCAUCCUUCACUUCAGAGGAAAUAGAGGGAGGUGUACUCAUAGAAAUUGGAGGGACUAACCUCACUGUGAAAACAGUGUUCGAUGUCACCGCAGACGCGAGAGGAAUCAAGAUCAAAUGGGAUACAGAGAACUUAAUGAGAUUUGAAGACUGUAUAGAUUUUAGUGAUAAGCAGUGGUACGGAGGGCCGAUGCAAGAGGACCAAGUUUAUCCCAUUCAGAACGCACACCAGAACUACACGCCAUACGUCACAAGAGAAGCCGACAACGCAAACAUAGUCGAGCGAUACUGGCUUAACUCAGCUGGCGAAUACAUCUACGUACACCCACAAGUGCCUUUAUUCGUUGACUAUAAUCUCCUUCAGCCGAAUCACAUCUGCUUUGGAGCCCAAAUCGCUGAUCCCUACUCUUCUAAAAGAACACAUACAGAACUCUCCUAUGAUAUCUGGUUUUUGUCAGACGUGAAGGCAGCUCACAAACAUGCGGUGGCCAAUUACCUGGGUAAACCAUCUGGGUUACCAGACUUCCGCAUGGUACAACACCCCAUCUGGUCCACUUGGGCUCAAUACUCGUAUGAUGUGAAUGGACAGAAAGUUAUGGACUUCGCCAAUGAAAUAAGAGAGCAUGGUUUCAACGAUUCGCAGCUGGAAAUCGAUGAUCUAUGGGAGACGUGUUACGGUUCGUUGGAGGUCGACACGAAUAAGUUUCCGAAUAUGACUCAUCUCGUCGAAGAGGUGAAGAAAUUGGGAUUCCGCGUGACGAUCUGGCUGCAUCCGUUUAUUAAUGGCAACUGUGAACCUUGGUACUCUGAGGCCUUGAACAAUGGCUAUCUAGUGCUUAAUGAGGAAGGCAGUCCAGCUGCUACUUGGUGGAACACGAACGGGACAUCGCCAGGUCUGAUUGACUUCACAAACCCAGCCGCGGCGGGCUGGUGGUCCUCCAGAGUCAGGAACCUUCUGGAAACUCACGGCUUUGAUAGUGCUAAAUUUGACGCUGGACAGAGUAGCUAUUCACCACAGAUACCAGUACAGAAUGGAGACAUAGAUCUACAUCCACAUCAUAUAGUAGACGCGUUUGUGAGAACUUGUGCAGAGUUCGGGGAUAUGGUGGAAGUCAGAGCUGCAUUUAUGACUCAAGAUCUCCCCAUCUUCGUUCGCAUGGUUGACAGAGACUCCAUCUGGGGCAUCAACAACGGCCUCCCCACAGUCAUAACCACGACCUUCCAGAUGAACCUCAACGGUUACCCCUUCGUUCUACCAGACAUGAUUGGAGGCAAUGGAUAUAACUUGAACCACGCGCAAGCUGACAUACCUUCGAAGGAGCUGUUUAUUCGAUGGGUCCAAGCGAAUACGUUUUUACCAUCCAUGCAGUAUUCGUAUGUGCCGUGGAACUUUGAUAAUGAGACAAUUGAAAUAAGCAAGAAGUACACCGACCUGCACGCAGAAUUUGCGGAUCAGAUCUAUGCGGCCAUGCAUGCUUCAGUGCAUGACGGCUCACCUGUGAACCCCCCACUCUGGUGGAUUGACCCUAAGGACCCAGAAGCAUUGGUUAUAUCAGACGAAUACCUACUUGGAGACGAGAUUCUCGUCGCACCAGUUCUCAAAGAAGGCGCGAGGUCACGUAACAUAUACCUUCCAGCGGGCACUUGGUUCGAAGAAGGGGAUCCAGACAGAGCUCACCUUGGCCCCGUCUGGCUGAAAAACCACCCAGCGCCAUUAGACUCUCUUCCAUACUUCGUGAAACUCAAAGAUAAUGUGGUCGACUCAUCAACGAUUCCGAGCUUAACUUUAGCGGCCUUCCUGUUAGCUUUAGCUGUUAUGUUUGUAUAA